UGGAGUGUUUCCAGUUUUUUUUAGCUUUUAGUUUUUUAUACAUGUACAUUACAAUAUUUUCUACAGCUAAACAAGAAGCAAGGUUUACUACCUGCAGAGUAGCUUGCUUGUAGAUACACCUGGCCUACGCCUCAGUUCUUUGGCACUCACCAGAAAUAGAAUAGGUGCAUGACUCUUGUCAGUUGUGCAGUUCUUUCGGAAGGGACUACUACUCUGGGCAGACUGCUUGAAAUUCACAUUAAUUAAUUUUUUAUUGUAGUUGUGACAUUCUGUAAUAUUUUCCCAUUCAGUGAUCGAAUGAAUGAUAAUUCCCCUCAGUUGAGAUGGCAGGGCUGUGUACAUUUACCAACGUAGUGCUGGCCAUAUUCUUUGGCUAUCUGGCUCUGGUGGGCCACCAGAUUUACACUUUAUUCAAUCCAGAAAGCUGCAAGAUGACAACGAACAGAGUGAAUCGCGAUUGCAUUUAUCCCCUCUUGACAAGAGAUGCUCCUCUGCAGCUGAGGGUCUCCAUAAGCGCGUCGGGAAAUGCCGUAGACUUCACAUCUGGAGAGACGAUUUGGCAUGUGAAAGAGGAUUUCUUCAUGAACAGCACUCACGAUCAUGAAGUCAACGUGACUCUGCCACGCUCGACCGUCCGCAAUGGCACACUCUACGCGCACAUAUUCCUGGGCGCCGUGGGCAACAGUAAACUGUCGCAGUUCGCCCGUCAGCGUGUGCUACUAACACAGUAUGCUGUGAGACGGCGUGCAACCGUCAGCCUCUUGAAUCUAGCACAGUCGUCGAUGAACAGUUCAACCAACUCUAGCUCUAACUCUACUACUCCUAAGCCAGCUACUAACAAGCAGGCACUUGAUAGUUCCAAUUCUUCCAGUAGCGAACCACCCAUGACUCAUUGGAAACCGAAGUUAUCUUUGCACUUGGCAGAAACGGAUAUGGUUUUUGACCGAAAUGCCCUUCCCGGAGAUAUCAUGCACUUGUUUCGUUUUGACAACACCCGCUACCUGCCAAUUCUCUAUGUCAAUGACAUGGCAGUGAGGUACAAGGACCUGGUGCCGGUGGAAAAGAACGCCACGGACAUGCUGCUCAAGAUCCACUAUUCGCCGUACAUGCUUGGGCGAGUGCGUGUGUGGGCGGCGUUUACUAAGUCAUUCGAGACGCUUCAGAUGCUAGGCUUCAAGGACAAGGACAUGGACGAAGUGAAGGAGCUCUUUCACAUCCAGCUGCAUUUCCUGGCGCUGACCUUCUUUGUCUCGUUCGUGCACAUCCUCUUCGACUUCCUUGCUUUCAAGAAUGACAUUAACUACUGGAGGUCAAGAAAGAACAUGGUUGGUUUGUCUCGUAAUGUCAUCUUCUAUCGUUGCUUCAGUCAGUUUGUUAUCUUUCUGUACCUGGUGGAUGAGGAUACGAGUCUGCUGGUGACGAUUCCGAGCGGGAUUGCCUGCUUUAUCGAGCUGUGGAAGGUCACGAAGGCGCUGAAGCUGAGCGUUCAUUGGCGUGGCUUCUCUAGCCUGCCAAAGGUUGAGUUUGGUGCCCUGUCCAGCGUUGAGGCGGAGACGCAGGUGCACGACUCGCAGGCGUUCCGCUACAUCAAGUUUGCACUGAUCCCGCUGGUACUGGGCUGUGCUGUAUACAGUCUACUGUACCUCCAGUACAAUAGCUGGUGGUCAUGGAUUGUUCAUAGUGCCGCCAACGGUAUAUACGUGUUUGGAUUUCUGAUGAUGCUGCCGCAGCUGUUUGUCAACUACAAGCUGAAAUCCGUAGCUCACCUCCCAUGGAGGGUGUUCACGUACAAAGCGUUCAACACGUUCAUCGACGACGUGUUUGCGUUCAUUAUCACCAUGCCGACGUCGCACCGCAUCGCUGUGUUCCGCGAUGACCUGGUGUUCUUUGUGUACUUGUACCAGCGAUGGCUGUACCCUGUGGAUAUGAAGCGGGCUAAUGAGUUUGGCGUCUCAUAUGAUAACGAUGACGACGAUGGCACGCCACCAUCAGAAAACACACCCGAUAGCCAUACUGCUGGCAAACUCAAAGCAGAGUAACACGUUGUCUACAGUGGAACAGAUCUUUUUAAAUGGCUGUACUCCAGCCAGUGCUUAUUUUAUCUAGGCUGCAACGAUUUCACGAAAACUAUUCUGUCAUAAAAGCUAUCACUAUUUUCAUAGGUUGCCGUCCCGUGUGCGUACUUUAUAUUACAUUGUUUGUUGUAUGCUCUUGUCACAGAAAAUGCCGCAGACCGGCCAUAUUUUGCUCAAAAGAAUACUGACGCUCUAAGAUAUCUCAUGUGAAUGUUCCAGUAGGCACAUGUAUGUAUUCUUUGAGCUGCACAUACAGGAUGAAACGUUUGCCACCACAGCACUAGUAGCUUAGGUCUAGCCCACCCAUUAUCGUGUAUUGUUCCUUUUAUUCUAGUCACUGAUCAGAGCACCCGUUUACCGACCAAGUUUUGCCCAUUGCCAUUUUACUUCUUUAAUACUUGUGAAAAAAGAGAGAAGAGGAAAUGUUCUCAUGAAUGCAUUGAA